GAUAAGGACAGGAGUGGAAUAAUAUCCGAUAAUGAACUUCAGCAGGCGUUAUCCAAUGGCACAUGGACUCCAUUUAACCCAGCAACAGUGAGGUCGAUCCUCGGCAUGUUUGACAGAGAAAACAAAGGUGGUGUGAACUUCAGCGAGUUCACAGGCGUCUGGAAGUACGUCUCAGACUGGCAGAAUGUCUUUCGAACGUACGACAGAGACAAUUCUGGAAUGAUUGACAAGAACGAGCUAAAGCAAGCACUAACAGGUUACCGGCUGUCUGAUCAAUUCUACGAUAUCCUUAUUCGGAAAUUUGACAGACAAGGAAGAGGACAAGUUGCUUUCGAUGACUUUAUUCAGUGCUGCGUGGUUUUACAGAGGCUGACGGACGUGUUCCGACGGUACGAUACUGAUCAAGAUGGCUGGAUUCAAGUGUCCUAUGAGCAGUAUCUCUCCAUGGUCUUCAGCAUCGUAUGACGCUGGUAACUAGGAAUCGCACACUGGCGUUACCCGGACUGGAGCUGCCAAACCCUUCUGUACUGCAUAACAUGACGGAUGUAUUAUAAUAAUGGAUAUAACUUCAUGUUCUUAAGUUUCCUGUGUUGGUCAUCACCUCCAGCACCUUGUACUUGCGUUCGUUUUCAGUCGGUAGGGCUGUACGACGUGACCAUCGCUGCUUGCUGUAGCACGGAAAGCACAGAGUCGACAUUUACCCGGUGCAAUGUCAAACUUAACCUUCUUCCACAUAUCCUGC